GUUGACACUUGUUAAGUUCUGUCAGUCUGAGUCUCCAACUCCCCUUCCUCUCGAUCCCUCCGCCUCUCAGCCCUUCCCUCACUCUCACUCUUCCCGCCCUCCCUGCUAUUAAAACGACCUCGUUUCGAUCCCAGUUUCUCAGGUUUUCACUUCCCAAUCGCUCGCAUUUCGCAAUGGAGAUGACUUGAAAGUCGAAUUUCGGCUUCCCGUGCUUUUGCUUCAACAACAAGGAUUGAAAUUUGGAUAUUAAUUUGGGAAAAAAAUGGGUUCCUACAUGGUUGGCGUGCUUGUUCCUCUGUUACUAACAAUUAUAAUUCAGAAAUCGAUGAGAGCGAAGCAACGGGGUGUGCCCGUUGAUGUUGGCGGGGAACCCGGGUAUGCAAUCCGAAACCAUCGGUUUACUGCCCCUGUUGCAACACUAUGGAAGGGUGUUACCACUCUUGCAGAGCUUUUCGAGCAGUCAUCCAAGCGGUUCCUAGAGAAACGCCUUCUCGGAACCCGGGCAUUGAUUGCAAGGGAGGUUGAGGUAUCAAAGGAUGGAAGAUCCUUUGAGAAGCUUUGUUUGGGAGACUACGAAUGGCUGACCUAUGGGAAGGCAUUUGAAGUAGCGUGCAACUUUGCUUCCGGUUUAGCUCAACUUGGACAUAAUAGGGAAGAGAAAGUGGCAAUCUUUGCUGACACAAGGAAAGAGUGGUUUCUUGCAUUGCAGGGUUGUUUUAGGCGCAAUGUCACUGUUGUUACCAUAUAUGCAUCUCUUGGGGAGGAGGCUCUAUGUCACUCACUGAAUGAGACGGAAGUUACAACUGUGAUAUGUGGGCAAAAAGAACUGAAGAAACUUCUAGACAUAAGUGGAAAACUAGAUACAGUAAAGCGAAUCAUAUGUAUGGAUGCCAAUAUCCCAUCUAGUGCCUCAUCUGUUCAAAGUCGCUGGAGAAUCACUUCAUUUGAUGAUGUUGAGAAACUUGGCCGAGAAAACCCUGUUGACCCCGAUUUACCUCUUCCAGCAGAUAUUGCAGUCAUUAUGUAUACAAGUGGAAGUACUGGAUUACCCAAGGGUGUAAUGAUGACACAUGCUAAUGUGCUAGCUGUAGCUUCUGCGGUCAUGACUAUUGUUCCCGGCCUUGGAGGCAAGGAUGUUUAUCUGGCAUAUCUUCCCCUCGCUCAUAUCCUUGAAUUAGCAGCGGAGAACUUCUUGGUUGCUGUUGGAAGUGCCAUAGGGUAUGGAUCUCCGUUGACCCUUACCGAUACGUCAAGUAAAAUUAAAAGGGGAACAAAAGGGGAUGCAACUGCACUCGCGCCAACUGUAUUGACAGCUGUCCCUGCAAUUCUUGAUCGUGUUCGAGAUGGAGUGCUCAACAAGGUAAAUGCGAAGGGUGGACUAGCCAAGUUAUUGUUUCACUUGGCAUAUACUCGUAGGUUGUCUGCUGUGAAUGGCAGUUGGUUCGGGGCUUGGGGCCUGGAAAAGUUUCUGUGGAACCUUCUUGUGUUUAGAAAGGUCCGUGCAGUGCUAGGAGGUCACCUUCGUUUUAUUCUUUCUGGUGGUGCUCCUCUCUCGGGUGAUACUCAAAGAUUCAUCAACAUCUGCUUUGGUUCUCCAAUUGGUCAAGGGUAUGGCCUCACUGAAACUUGCGCUGGUGGGACAUUCUCAGAGUUUGACGAUACUUCCGUAGGUCGAGUUGGAGCUCCCCUUCCAUGCUCAUUUGUAAAGUUAAUUGAUUGGCCGGAAGGAGGAUAUCUGAAUACCGAUACGCCGAUGCCUCGUGGAGAGAUAGUCAUUGGUGGUCCAAAUGUUACACUUGGUUAUUUCAAAAACGAAGAGAAAACAAGAGAGUCAUACAAGGUUGACGAGAAAGGAAUGAGAUGGUUCUAUACAGGUGACAUAGGGCGAUUUCAUGGUGAUGGUUGUCUUGAGAUAAUUGACCGUAAGAAGGAUAUAGUCAAACUUCAGCACGGGGAGUAUGUCUCCUUAGGAAAGGUUGAGGCUGCUCUUUCAGUGUGCCCCUAUGUCGACAAUAUCAUGUUGCAUGCUGAUCCUUUUCAUAGUUACUGUGUGGCUCUUGUGGUGGCUUCUCGAGUCACAUUAGAAGAAUGGGCUGCAAAACAAGAAAUCACUUUUACCGAUUUUGCAGACUUGUGUUCGAAAGCAGAAACCAUAAAAGAGGUGCAAGCAUCACUUGUAAAGGAAGCAAAGAAGGCGCGUUUGGAGAAGUUUGAGAUCCCUGCCAAAAUCGAACUGCUUUCGGAACCAUGGACUCCAGAAUCUGGCCUGGUCACUGCAGCUCUCAAGCUCAAGAGAGAUGUCAUUAGGAAGGCUUUCUCAGAAGACCUCGCCAAGUUAUACGCUUCCUGAUAAAUCGAGGGCACCACCAAAUUACCUGUUUCUCCAUUUUGUUUGUGGCCUUGCUAGGUUUAAUGCUAGCCGAAGGACUAGUGUUAGGAAAAAUGCGUAGAGUUACUUGUAUUAAGUUACUCCAAGCAAUAAGAGGAAUGAUGAUAUUAGUGUAAUUAUGUAGCUACUGAAGCAAAAUGGUCAGAUUUUUGAAGUUUAUUUCGAGUUUUUUUGUUGGUUUUACAGCAUUGAAAGUAAGACGAUCCACAGUAGCAAUUUUUGAGAAUGCCCCCA